AUGGCUGCAGAGACACGUGUUCGACACAAGAUGGCGCCUAUGAGGAGACUCUCGUUCAAGAAUGAAAAAGAGAGACUUGUGUGUGUGUGGCAGCUGACAGGGGGCGUGAUCCUGGGCGUGGCCCUGUGGUUGAGACAUGACCCCAAGACGAGCAACCUGCUGGAGCUGGAGUUUGAAGGAGCUCAAGCUCCCAGCACCUUCUACAUCAGUGUUCACAUCCUGAUUGCGGUCGGUGCAGUGAUGAUGGUCGUCGGUUUCCUUGGUUGUUAUGGUGCCAUCCAGGAGUCGCAGUGUCUGCUGGGAACUUUCUUCGCCUGUCUCGUCAUCCUGUUUGCCUGUGAAGUUGCUGCAGGGAUCUGGGGCUUCAUGCACAAAGACACUGUGUCGAAGGAGAUGAUCAACUUCUACGAUUCUGUGUACGACAAAGGAAUGACGGACAGUCUCUCCAUGGACAAGAACAAGGAACAAGCUGCUGCCACUGUGCUCAAGGUGUUCCACGAGACGCUGAGCUGCUGUGGUAAAGGUCAGGGAACGGCCAUUCUGACCAGCAUCACUGACAGACUCGGAAUAACGGACAUCUGCCCCAAAAACCACCUCCAGACCAGUUGCCACCAGAGGAUCGAGGAGCUCUUCUCGGACAAGAUCUACCUGAUCGGUAUCGCCGCCCUGGUGGUUGCUGUAAUCAUGAUCUUUGAGAUGAUCUUCAGUAUGGUUUUGUGCUGCGGGAUCCGUAACAGCCCCGUCUACUAAAGAUCACGGUGGACGGACGGACGAUGACGACUCUGCCGUCUGUCUCUCUCUCUCUCUCUCUUUUCUCCGCCUACAUUCUUAUUUACUGCUUGCUGGAUUUCGUCGACUCGCGGAGAAGACGACGUAUAAAACCUCUCUGUUUUUUUUAUGAUUCUUUUCAAACCUGCUCCUCGGUUCUGUCGCAGUCGCCUCACUUUAAACCUGUGAGCCGCAGCCCCCUGGUGGACCCUGAAGGUGCUGCAGGUGACCUGGAAGAGUUGAGGUUUGUGUGGCUGUGGGAGGUAGCGCCCCCUGCUGCUGAGAACACACAGGUUUUAGCCUCUCAAAGACUCAGCUGAUCUAAUCAUUUUAUGAGUUGUAGCUUUUUUAAGGCUAAAAUCUGUCUUUAUCUUCUUCAGACACACUUAACUUAAGUAAACCUUUAAAGUGAAAUCAGUGGAAACAUUAAAACUUUUAAAAAGUACAAAUAUUAUUUUUAACAGUUUGUAGAUCUGGUGUCGCAGGAUUUAUCAUCUCCUCACGUUCACAUGGGAACUUUGUUUUUCACCCGUGUGUGUGUGUGUGUGAGAUCCAUCAGCUGUUUAUUGUUUACUUGUUUUCGCCUCGUUCUUCUAUUCUUUGAUGUUUUGAUGACGUCACUGUUAUGAACGUAUGAACUGUAUAUAAAUAUAUAUAUGAAUAUUAACAGUGCUUUAUGACUGCAUGAGCAUGGACAUUAGACUGUUUCCUUCCUGUUCAUCUGAAGCACACACGUCAGUCACAUGACCCGGUCCACACCACUCUCACCUCAUGAGGCUUAAAGUGACGCCAUUGUGAUUAGUUUAGCUUAGCUUAGCUUGGUCAAAAUCCUGGGUAGAAGUCAUGACGACAUGUUGCUCUGCUAAAAGAGGCAGAUGAGGUUUUUAGAUGUGUGGUUGUGUGAGGCGCUGUGAGCGCCCCCUGCUGCUGAGAACCAGACACACACACAUACUCAGUGAAAACAUGAUGUUAUUCACUUUAAAGACUCAGUCCGUGAUCUCUGCGUCACAUGAUCACGACUUUAUCUCACUGAAGUCUGUAAACCACACACACACAAGAUCAAAGUACAAAUGUCUUCUUUUGUCUCUUCACUGUUUGAAAUGUAACGUUCAGAUUAACGUCAGUGACACAGCGUGACCACACGAGGCAGCAGAGGACCAGCAGCUCCUGUGUGUGUGUGUGUGUGAGUGGCGUACAGGCGUCUGUGUAACAGUGAGAUAAAGACGUGAUAAUGUGAUGUCGUUUUUUUCCUUGUGUCUCUGUGGACAGAUGUGUCUCCACCUGAGUGUGCUGUUGUUUGUUUUUCAUGAGCUCAUUACAAAUAUGUGUCACUGCUUCAUUCAUUCAUUCAUCCUUUCAUCUGAUUCUAAUGUAACCUUUGAAAACUAAACCUUUGUCUCGUUCACAUCUCAAACAUAAAAGUGAGAAACGAUUUUUACUAACGAAAAAUAAUGAAGGCUGUAAAAAGACCACAACGUCUCUGUGUCUCUGUGUCUCUGUGUCUGGUACGAGUUUGGAGGGUGACAGGGUGAGGACGCAGGGGGCAGAGUCCACUCACACUGACUCACACCUGAGACCUGGUCUCAGGACCAGGAACCAGAACAAACAGAUGCUCAUGAGUCCUCUGUCCUCUGUCCUCUCUGCCCCUGUAGACUUUGGUUUGCCCAAAUAUCAAGGGAUUAAAUGUCUUUUCCAAAUAAAA